CCGUUUACAGGAAAAUUGGUCUCGAAGAUUGGCGAUGAUGACCUAAGAAGGUGGUCAGCUGAAGUGGCAAAGGAAAUCGCUGAACAAAAACCCGAAUUCGCCGUUGUUCAUGUACAAGGGCUUCAUUCAGCAGAUGACCCCGAUUACAUGUCCCGAGUGAUUCUCGGCGGGAUAAUCGACACUCCUGAGAUUCACAAACAUUUCGAUUCAUCGAUAGCAUUUUUCGACACCACUGUUACGGGUCUUGGAAAUCUGUACUUGUUCCGUGACCAUUCAGCUGUACAACAGUUUGACAGAUUUCUGAAUACCGGCUAUCGACAAAUUCGAGCUGGACAUGAUGCUGUCGUUGGAAGGUCGGAAGCCGAUGGUUUCAUUAGAAACACCUUCGGAGAGCAACCCGUCACAUCUCGUCGGCUGUUUUACAGGGAAGACGGUACACGCGACAUUUCACAGCAAAGGACCGGAUUUCUCUUGACCCGAUUCAGAAUCCAUGGAAAAGAAAUGACAUUUGUCAAUCUCAACCUUCAUUCGGUUCCGUUCGAAGACGUGAAUGAGAUCGUCGAACAGGUUCAGGUUACAAAAGCUGCAAGGAAACGUAACGAAGAAAUCGAGAUGUUACUAAAAGAACUGGAGGCCGAAGGUUUACGUGACGAUGCGAUAAUUGUUGGUGGCGCGUUCAACGCUCAACUUCACGAGACCGACUUGUUGACGUAUCUUGCAAAAACUCAAAUGGUACAAACUAUAGCAAAAAAGGAUAAUUCAGGAAAGGUCGAAGCAAUCCAGCAAUAUGACCGACAUGGCAGAAACGUUACGACUGUUGAGCGCCAACGAUUCGAUCUCCAUUCCAUCCAUGACUGGUUCUUCCGACUUGGCAGAGGUCAAAUGGUGAAAAAAUACAAUGGUGAACUGGCUCCAGUCACGUUUAAGGGACAAUUGAAGGAACAAAGUGUUUUCUUCCAACCAUCUCGACAUUACGCUAUUAACGAGCAUACCGGUAAAGAAGAGUUCAUGCGCACACUGUGUCCAGCAUGGGCAGAUCGUGUUCUAUACAACGAGAGGAUGGACAAGCUUUUCCGAUAUGACUCCUUCUGUGCAUCUGGGCUGUACUAUGGUUUGGUGGGUGAAAAUGUCUACAUCGGACAACACAAACCUGUCGCACUUCACGCCACUAUUUGUCUCAAAUGA